AAGCGGGCGACGCGCCCGCUGGCAACCUCCAGCCGCGGCGCGCGCAGGCGGCUGAGGCGGGCGAGUUCCCCGUGUUGGAGCGGCGCGCUGGCUUCGGCUGGCGCCGCGCCCCGCGGGGGCCAGCGCCCGCGCGGGCGGGGGCGCCCCCGGCCGUCGCCGCGGCGGUCGCGGACGUGCUCGCCGCGGCGAGCCCCGUGAACGAGGCCUGCGCCGGCGACUGGGCCGCGCGCGUGGCCACGACGGCGCGACCCUGGGGGUCGAUUGAAGACCGCGCGGGGCAGCGACGGCCAGAAGAAGUGGCCUGGCGGGCGCAUGAGCUCAUCGUGCUCGGAGAAGUCGGCCGCGCCGAUGCGGCGGCCGCAGGGCCCGGCAAGGGCCCGGG